AUGCGGUCAUUCUCAUUAGUACUGCUCAUGCUCAUAGCUGGAACUAACUGUUACCAAAGUCAUCCUAUAGUGGAUAAUUCAGCUAGCCUGAGGAAAAGCUUUGAAAUUCCGUUUUUGGCUGAUGAACAAUCCCGGUUCGCAGAGCAGUCGGACAUGAACACCACAUUGUUCGAGUACUCCGGCGGACCUCGAGUUAUUCGCUCAAGCAAAUCCACACGAGGAAUCCACGGACCAUCCUAUAGUACUGGAACUUCUAUAACAUCCAUGAAGCCCAUCGGAAAGCCGGGGAAAGGAUUGCCUCCACCUUGCUAUGUAAAUACAGCCGGUUAUGUAUGUUGCAGCAGAGAGUUGGAGCAACUUAUGAUCAGUAAAUAUUAUGAACUGGCAAAUAUGCCUCGUUUUAAUAAUUGUAAUAUCAAUAAAAUUACUAAUUAUAUUCAGAAUGCUUGCCAGCAAAAAUUUUCCCGAAAAUUUGAAGUAGUCACUGGUCUCGAUGAUUAUUCUCAAAAAAUUCAUUUCUAUGGAGCAUUUGUCUGUAAAAUAGAGAUCAACGGAAGAUUCAUAAUGGGAUAUGCCACUCCAGUUUUAGAACCCUUAGUUACAGCUGAAAGUAAAACCGAAACAAACGAAGAACCCUAUUUGAAACCUAGCAGUUCAUAUAAGGAUGGUCAGUGA